GUGAGUUGUUUACUUGGUUUACUCGUGGAAAGAACUCUCUCUCGAAAAAAUGUACAAUUUGAUCCGUCUGGCGCGUAGUCCCAGGAUUUAUCAACAAUUUUCAUCACACAGAUUCUUAAGCAAUGCUUCUGUGCCAACAACAAAGCUUUUUAUUAAUGGUAAAUUUUUGGAUUCAAAAGCUGAGGAAUGGAUUCCUGUACAUAAUCCAGCUACAAAUGAAGUUGUAACAAAUGUACCAAAAACUACAGAGGAAGAGAUGAUGGCUGCCGUUGACUCCUCAUCAAAAGCUUUUGAAUCAUGGUCCACUACAUCAAUUCUGGCCCGGCAACAAAUUCUCUUUGCCUAUCAAGGACUAAUUAAGAGUAAUAUGAAAGAAAUUGCUAAGUUGAUCACUUUGGAGCAAGGCAAAACAUUGGCAGAUGCUGAAGGAGAUGUUCAUCGAGGAUUACAGGUGGUUGAACAUUCUUGCUCCAUUACAUCAUUACAACUUGGUGAAACCUUACCUUCAAUCACACAAGAUAUGGAUAUGUAUUCCUAUCGAUUUCUUGGAGUCUGUGCUGGAAUUGCUCCAUUCAAUUUUCCUGCUAUGAUUCCUCUAUGGAUGUUUCCAGUUGCUAUAGUGUGUGGGAACACAUUUCUUAUGAAGCCAUCCGAACGUGUUCCUGGUGCUACAAUGUUACUUACCAAACUCAUUCAUGAUGCUGGUUUACCAGAUGGUGUUUUAAAUGUAAUUCAUGGUGCUCAUGAAGCUGUCAAUUUCAUAUGUGACCAUCCAAGUAUUAGAGCAAUCUCAUUUGUUGGUUCUGACCAAGCUGGGAAAUAUAUCUAUGAGCGUGGUUCGAAGAAUGGAAAGCGUGUUCAAUCUAAUAUGGGUGCAAAGAAUCAUGGUGUUGUCAUGCCAGAUGCGAACAAAGAUCAUGCUUUGAAUCAGCUUGUCGGUGCUGCCUUCGGUGCUGCUGGUCAGCGUUGCAUGGCUUUGUCCACGGCAAUAUUUGUUGGUGAUUCUAAAGAAUGGAUACCAGAGAUUGUUGAACGUGCUAAGAAACUUAAAGUGAAUGCAGGCAAUCAACCAGACGCUGACCUUGGACCACUGAUAUCACCGCAGGCAAAAGAACGCGUCUGUGAACUUGUUCAAUCAAGUGUUGAUGAAGGAGCAACGCUCGACCUAGACGGUCGUGAUGUGAAGGUCGAUGGUUAUGAAAACGGUAACUUUGUUGCCCCUACAGUAAUAUCUGGUGUAAAGUCCGAAAUGAAAUGUUAUAAAGAAGAAAUAUUUGGACCAGUAUUACUGGCAAUGACCGCUGAUUCGCUUGAAGAGGCAGUUGAAAUCAUCAACAACAAUGUUUAUGGAAACGGUACGGCUAUAUUUACGACGUCGGGGGCCGUUGCCAGAAAAUUUCAAAAUGAUGUCAACGUUGGUCAAGUUGGUGUGAACGUUCCAAUACCAGUGGCGUUGCCAAUGUUUUCAUUUACUGGUUCGCGAGGCUCUUUCCUGGGAUCCUCUCAUUUCUACGGAAAGGAGGGUAUUGCUUUUUACACGCAAGCCAAGACCAUUACCAGUUUAUGGAAGGAAGAUAUAAGUUCAGUUCAAAAGACAGCCACUGUCAUGCCAACUAUGAAAUGAAGCGGUAGCUGUAGUAAAGUCCAAUCUGAACAUCAAUGCUAAUGUGAUCGGCUCAAUUUUGAAGAGACUUGGAAGCAAAACACUCGCACUAUAUGUUGGAAAUGAACUGCAUUACGAGUCUAAAAUAUGUGUAGUUAUUUUUAAUACUUCAAAUUCGAAACAUUUAUUCUACUCGUAAUCCACCUUUAUUGCUUUCUAUGAUAAAUGGAUAAAGAGUAAAUACAUAUUUUUACUUAUUGUUUCA